GCAGCCGGGACACUUCACAAACUUUUUUUUCUCAGUGUCCCACUGAAACAUUCCUACACAGUGUAGUGCGCGUCCUGCCAUGCUUCUCAGGCUGUAGUUUUGGAUCGCCUGGACUGUCUUUGUCUUCUUGCAUUCCUGAGUCAUGGCUCCGUUUGGAAAGAACUUCCUAAAGGCCCGGCUCAAGAACAGGACAAAACAAGCUGAUCCUGUGGUCGGGAAAGAGAUUCAGGUCACCGUCUGCAAUGAGGAGAAGGUCGUCUGUGGAGUAACAAAGCACACGACAUGCACAGAUAUGAUCCAGGCCUUACUGGAGGACCACAAGUCCCUACCAGAGAGCAAAAGGCUCCUGGAUGGGGAACCCAAAGACUUCUGUCUUGUGGAGCGCUGGAGAGGGAUUGAACGGGCGUUACCGCCUCUCACCAGAAUCCUGAGGCUCUGGUAUGCUUGGGGCGAUGAAAGACCCUUCAUCCAAUUUGUUCUCAUGAAGACCAGCGAUUUUGUGCCACAGGCAGCCAAGAAGGGUGGAAAGUCCAAAGGUGCCCGGCCCAAGAGAUGGGAGCUUAAUCAAGCUCAGUACGCCCAGCCUCUGCCAGUGGACAAGCAGAAGCGUAUGGUGAGAAAGGCUUUCCGGAAGCUGGAGCAGCUUCACAAGGAAAACCGGAGCUCCCCGGGUGCUGAAGAGGUGGAACGGAUGGUGCAGCUUAUUCUCAACCAAGACCACACCAUCAGAGAGCAGAUCCAGCGGAUGAGGGAACUAGAUGCGGAGAUUGAGCGGGUUCAGAACCACCCUCAGCAGAGGGGGGACUCUGAAAGCUCAGUGGAUCAGGGCUGCAGCCUGGCAGCCAGCAAUGAGGAGCAGCUGCAGAAGUACCUCUACACCUGUGAUAGCAUUGAGCAACUGGAAACGCAGGUUAAGUGGCAUGAAGAUUUCAUCAUACAUCUUUCCCUGGAAAUAGACGCAGAGUUAAGGAAGUUUAGCCUCCCUGCGGUUCCAGAAGAGGACGGCGAGCAGAAAGGAGCCGCGGCUCGCGCUCUCCCUGACACGGACGAGUCUUUCUACAAAGCAGAACUGGAGAGGCUGCAGGAUGAAAUGAAACACAGCCUGAUCAGUGGAGUGACUCUGCAAAACCAAGUCGCGGAAAUAGACAAGCAGUUGAUGUUUCUGGACAGUUCACUGAUAGCCAAGGACCAGGAGUGCUGGCAGCUGGCCACCCAGUUUAACUCGCUGCAAAUCAUGGACAGCAUGGAGGAAAAGAAGCCCAGCCUUGUCCUUGAUGAAGCUCAGGAUAGCCUGACCAGGACAGUAAAAGCCAAACCCAGCCUGUCCCCUGCAGACGUUACAGACACAGACUCAGACACUGGGAUUAGCUCCACGCACAGUCAGGACUCUCUGUCGCCAUGUCUCGACUUCCCUCCCCCGCUUGAUACAGAUGUUUAGAGAAACACAGAAACACACACAC